CCCCUUGUCAUUUCCGCUAUAAUAGAGUAGUCGUUUGGUCUGCUAUUGAGAGGAUCUGAUUCUGCCAUAUUAUAUAUCAAGCAAAGAAACAUGAACCGGCGUUUUUCAGAAAAGUUUCCUUCUGCUAAAAGUCAAAAGGGAUCGGUCUAUUGCAGUAUAUGUGAUAUCGUCUGCUCAAGCCAAGAGUCGCUGGCUAUGCACAUUGAUGGAAAAAAACAUAAGCACUUUGCUGCAAAGGUUAAUAAUCCAUCGGAAUAUUGCAGUUUUUCUGCAACGGUUAAUAAUCCAUUGGAAUCAACAUAUUGCAGUGUAUGUGACAUCAACUUGCAAAACCAAAAUGUGCUGGCUAAGCACCUUGCUGGAAAAAAACACAAGAUACAAUUAGGUCUAGAGAUUUAUGUCAAAAACAAACCGGGACCGGCAUCAGAAAGUUUGCCCAGCUGUAAAUCGGAUAAUACUGCUAAUAAAUCUGAUGAGGAAAGAAUGCAAAAAAAGUCAAGCAUAAAAUUAGAAGAGACGAGACCUCCAAUUAAAAGAGAUGCAAAUCUGAAAGGAGAGGAUCCCAAAAAUGAAAAUUCACCUCAGUUUGAAAGUAUCCAAGAACUGCAGGAAUUUUUGACAAACUAUAAGAUUGAGAAUGAAGAAGAUGCUGCUUUUGCUUAUCAAACAAGUCGGUUACUAUCCAAUUUAGUUUUAAGUUACACAAGUAGACGCAAAAUAAAGGUGGGGGGAAAGCAAGCAAAAAUUCCAAAAGUGGAACCUGUUUCAACAUUUGACAAUGAAAAUGUUUUAAGGAGCCAGGAGGAAGAAAAGCAAGCGGAAACUCCAAAAGUGGAACCCGUUCAGAAAUCUUACAAUGAAAACAUUUUGUUAAGGAGCCAGGAGGAAGAAAAGCAAGAGGAAACUCCAAACGUAGAACACGUUCCAACAUUUGACAUUGGUGGUUUUUAUGGUGUCCUUAAUAAUAAAUCAGAAGAAGAAAUUAAAUCUUCCAUACAAGAAUUAACAGAAAUUCUGAAGCAACAGUUGCCGUCAAUGUGAAAAAGAUAUUCUACAAUUAAAUCUAUAUCGUUUAACUUUAUUUUCUGAUCUGCAUUGGUAUCUGAAUCGAUGUAAUAUAGUGUUGAUGGUUGAAUAAAAUUACAGUGUAUGUUUCUGUUUGUGUAUCUACAACAAAACAUUUCUUGGUCAGCUCAGCUCUUGGUCUAAAAAAUCUAAAGAACCUAAAAAAAAAACUAGGUUUAAUUUCUCCUGUAAUACCUAGGUAUGCUAUUCAAUUUUUAGAACAAUCCUGUCACUUGGCUCUAAUGCAUAUAUAUUGAUUGUUUGAAUGUACAAAAUCUCUAAAUAUUUGAUUAGGCUGGUUUGUCCAUUAAUUGUUUAACAGUUAGUAGUUUUAUGGCAUUACUACUACUUUCUACUUUCCAAUGCUAUUAGAUAUCUUGUUUUUAAUUAUUAUUGUUCUUAAUCAAAUGUGAUUAUGCAAAGAGUUAAACUAAUUUGUACUUAGGUAUAAAUAGACUACUCUUGCUAGUACACCUCAAUCUAUGAAUAAGCGCCACUAGGGGGCGCGAAACGCGUCAGACUGCUCAUACUAGUGUCUGCCUUCUGCCUGGGAACACUGCUUGUUUUAACCACUUUUCAAUAAAGGUAUGUUUUAACUAA